AUGGCCGACCGAGGAAGCAGCGCCCCCCGUGGCGGCGGUUUUGGUUCUCGUGGUGACCGCGGCGGUGACCGUGGUCGGGGUCGCGGCCGUGGCCGUGGACGCCGUGGAGGCGGUAAGAGCGACGAGAAGGAGUGGCAGCCCGUCACCAAGCUCGGCCGUCUCGUGAAGGCCGGCAAGAUCAAGUCCAUGGAGGAGAUCUACCUGCACUCCCUGCCCAUCAAGGAGUACCAGAUUGUCGACUUCUUCCUGCCCAAGCUCAAGGAUGAGGUCAUGAAGAUCAAGCCCGUCCAGAAGCAGACCCGUGCCGGUCAGCGCACGCGUUUCAAGGCCAUCGUCCUCAUUGGCGAUUCCGAGGGCCACGUCGGCCUGGGCAUCAAGACCUCCAAGGAGGUUGCCACCGCCAUCCGCGCCGCCAUCAUCAUCGCUAAGCUCAGCGUCAUCCCCGUCCGCCGUGGCUACUGGGGUACCAACCUUGGUCUGCCUCACUCUCUGCCCACCAAGGAGAGCGGCAAGUGCGGUUCCGUCACCGUCCGCCUGAUCCCUGCCCCCCGUGGUACCUCCCUCGUCGCCUCGCCCGCUGUCAAGCGUCUCCUCCAGCUUGCCGGUGUUGAGGAUGCCUACACCUCGUCCUCUGGCUCGACCAAGACCCUCGAGAACACCCUCAAGGCCACCUUUGCCGCCGUCUCCAACACCUACGGCUUCCUGACCCCCGACCUGUGGAAGGAGACCAAGCUCAUCAGGAGCCCGCUGGAGGAGUUUGCCGACACGCUGAGGGACAACAAGCGCUACUAG